GGGGCUGAGGCCAAGGAAGAGGUUGGACUGUGUCUCGCAUGCUCCUGACGCAGAAGGUUUUGAAACUUUUUUCACCUCGUCUGAAAUGGCUGCCUCCCAGUGUCUCUGCUGCUCAAAAUUUCUCUUCCAGAGACAGAACCUCGCCUGUUUCCUCAAAAACCCACACUGUGGCAGCCUUAUUAAUGCAGAUGGCCAUGGUGAAGUGUGGACAGAUUGGAAUAAUAUGUCCAAGUUUUUCCAGUAUGGAUGGAGAUGCACCACUAAUGAGAAUACCUAUUCAAACCGUACCCUGAUGGGCAACUGGAACCAGGAAAGAUAUGACCUGAGGAAUAUCGUGCAGCCCAAACCCUUGCCUUCCCAGUUUGGACACUACUUUGAAACAACAUAUGAUACAAGCUACAACAACAAAAUGCCACUUUCAACACAUAGAUUUAAGCGAGAGCCUCACUGGUUCCCAGGACAUCAACCUGAACUGGAUCCUCCCCGAUACAAAUGCACAGAAAAGUCAACUUACAUGAAUAGCUAUUCAAAGCCUUAAAUUGGGCAUCACUCAGGAUGUGUAUAAGAUCUUAAUAUUGACUAGUUUCGCAUCCAGGUUUCUAAGAAAUGAUAAGAUACUUCACUUUUCCAGAGUGAAAUGUAGGAGGGAGCACAUUCUAAGUACAGCUAAAAAUUUAGCUCACUGUAACACAGUUUCACUCUCUGAAUAAAUAAAGCAAAAAACACAGUAAA